UUGGAAAUUAGAUUAGAAAAAAUGAAUCCAAUAAAAAUAAUAAAUUUAUUAUAUAUAAUUUUGCAAUGCAUGGACACUGCCAAAGCAUUUCCGUUCGUGAAAGAUGGAGUAACAAAAGAAAUAACGGACAAUCGAUUGCUCACGGAUUUUAGUGAUUCAACGCAAAAUUACUUGAUGGAGUUUGGAUAUCUUCCAAAAUCGAACAUUGAAACGGGCAAUUUGCGAACUGAGGAGCAGUUGAGAGGAGCGAUCAAGAAUUUGCAGAAAUUUGGAGGAAUUCCUGAAACGGGAGUUCUUGAUGCCGCUACACGUAAUCUGAUAAGGCAACCACGAUGCGGGAUGCCAGAUAACGUUGACAGCGGAGAUUUUUCUGCUACGAAUUCACGGAGGAAGCGUUAUGUCAUCCAAGGGAGUAAAUGGGAUCACACCGAUUUAACAUGGAGAUUGGAGAAUCAUCGCUUGGAUGGACUCGAAACAGGACAAGUGCGACGAAUCCUUCGUGAUGCGCUCGAGGUGUGGGCCAGCAACUCAAAAUUGACGUUCCGUGAAACGAGUAGUCCGGAUGCGGAUAUUCAGGUGCUUUUUGCAAGACGUGAACAUGGAGAUAGCUACAAUUUUGACGGACCUGGCUCGGUAUUGGCACACGCAUUUUAUCCCGGAACAGGACGAGGCGGCGACGCCCAUUUUGAUUCUGAGGAAUUAUGGGAAUUAUUUGAGCGGCGAAAUGACGACAAUGACGAUGGACCUCGAGGCACCAGCUUAAUGGGCGUAGCUGUACACGAGUUCGGGCAUAGCUUGGGAUUAGGUCAUUCAUCUGUUAAAGGUGCCAUUAUGUUUCCAUGGUAUCAAGGAUACGAAAUGAACAAAAACUUACCGGAGGAUGACCGAAUUGCUAUUCAAACAAUUUACGGUUCGAAGGAGAAGAAAUGGGGCAUUAAUCCGUAUAGACCGACGUAUGAUCGUCCCGUGCAAAACACAACUUCGACAACGACCACGACGACGACGACAACCCCGAAGCCUUAUUACCCGGAUAGACGACCUCAGUAUGACGUUCGACGAGAGCAGGAACGAGAACGGGAACGUCAAAGGGAGCGUGAACGGGAAUUGGAAAGAGAACGGGCAAGAGAGAGGCAAAGGGAACGUGAAAGAGAACGCGAACGAGAGAGGGAGUACGAAUAUCGCCCUGAACGCCCUCGAAGACCGCAUUUUCACACAACGACGCCAUCAACACGCGCGGUAACGACGGAAAUGCCACAACGGAGACAAACGCAUCGCCCGUCGCAACAUCAUCCGAGACAUCCGGAACAUCCGCAUCAUCGAAAACCAUUGACGUGUGAUACGAGUUACGAUGCAAUUACGAUGAUCCGUGGCGAAAUCUUCAUAUUCAAGGAUCAAUAUUUGUGGCGUGUCGGUCCCGAAGGUAAAGUUAUGGAUGGAUAUCCGCACGAAAUACGGCGAUUGUGGAACAAGUUACCGGCAAACUUGACGCAUAUCGAUGCCGUUUACGAGAAUAAAGAUAGAAAAAUUAUAUUUUUUAUAGGAAAGCAAUAUUAUAUGUUUAGCACACAUAAUUUAGAUCCAGGUUAUCCAAAAUAUUUAACACAGCUUGGGCUUCCUGCAACUUUAAAUAAAAUAGAUGCUGCGCUGGUAUGGGGCCAUAAUAACCGAACUUAUUUUUAUAGUGGGACAAUGUAUUGGAGAUUCGAUGAGGAAGUCGGAAGAGUUGAAUUAGAUUACCCGCGUGACAUGUCGAUGUGGCGCGGUAUUGGUUAUCACAUCGAUACUGCCUUCCAACAUCAAGGCAAAACGUACUUUUUCAAAGGCAAGGGCUACUGGGAAUUCAAUGAUUACUACAUGCGCGUCGCUCACGAACGGCAAAAAUCGUCGGCACAACGCUGGAUGGGCUGCAAGGGACGUUCGCAAGACUUGCCAAGCAGAAGAAGAGCUCCGCUGGUUGCCGGCAACGACGAUGGCGACGAAGAUUACGCCUAUGACGACAAAGAUUUGACCUCUAAUUCGACUCGACCACGGAAUCAUUGGCACAAAUACACCUUCUUAAUUUAUGUAGUCUUAGCAUCAUCAAUAAAAUAUAAAUUUAGCUUCUUCUAAAACGAAAAAAAAAAUGUAAAAAAAAAUAAAUGUUCCAUUUCUCUCUUCAUGGAUUUAAAAAAAAAUUUAAAAAAAAAAUACUUAAAAUUAAAAUUCUUAGAAUUGGAAAAAAAACGCAAUACAGGAAAAAUAAUUAGAUAUUUUUUUAAUCGGAAAAAAAUAAAUUUUCUAUAGAAGAACGAAAAAAAGUAAGGAAAGAAAGAAAAAAACACACCUGUGUCUUAUUAAUUUAUCUUAAAAAAAAAUUGUUAAAUAAGGAACGAACGACAAAAAUGGAGUUGUACAGUGAAUGAUCAGUAGAAAAUUAUCCAUUGAACAUUAAAAGAAUCAAUGCAUUUACCUUUUAAGUGUCUAAAAAAAAAUAGUAGAAUAUUCUCUUGACAACUUUGCAAUUUUGAACGUCUCCGAUGCUCAAAAAACACUUAAGCUUAAAAAAAAUAAAUUUAGAAAUAAUAAAAUUGUAAUUAUUUUCGGGAACCGGAAUCAGCAUUUCAUAAGUCUUAAAAAAAAUUAAAAAAUAUUGCAAGUGCAAUUCAUAAGAAGACAAAAAAAAAUGAUAGGAAAAAAAUAUUAGCAAUAAAAAAAAAUUAAAUAAAUAAAAAAA